AAUGACGUUUCUUACCUAGUCAUGUCAUCAGAGCGUGUGCGAAAUUUCACCCUAAUCGAAGACCGGGAAUUGUGUCAAAUUAAGAUUCCAAGAUUUGAUUUUCUUACAUAGUUGCAAGUGAUUGGGAAGCCCGCCAUAUUGGAUUUGUAAUGUUUCUUAGCUAGUCAUGUAUUGUCAUCAGAACUCAGAGCGUGUGCAAACAUCCUAAUCGAAGACCGGGAAAUUUACCAUGCAGGGCCCGGGAUGUCGGCAUAGCGGGACGUUCAGCAGUGUGCGUGUGUGACGCCACCUACUGUGACACGGUGACUCGCAAUGCACCAGCGCCUGGCACUUACGUCACUUACACCAGCAGCCGAGCUGGCAAACGUUUCGAAAAGAGUGGUGGUGUUAUAGAAACCAAUUCCCAUAAUAAAAAAGAUGCUAAACAGCAAAUGAACGGAAAAGACGAUGUAUCAGACAAUAUACAACCAAAAAUUUUCAACGACGCAUCAUACAGGCUGUUUUCUAACGUCCAAUACCAAACUAUCGAAGGAUUCGGAGGUUCUGUAACGGAUGCUGCCGGUGUCAAUUGGCGUAAACUAUCUUUUAAUACACAAACACAUUUUGUCAAUUCUUAUUUCUCAAAAGAGGGGCUGGAGUACAAUUUGAUCCGUGUGCCGAUAGGUGGUGCUGACUUCUCAACUCACCCAUACACCUAUAAUGAGUACCCUUGGAACGAUGCUGCUCUCAGCAAUUUUUCUUUAACUGUUGAAGACUACUUUUAUAAGUUGCCAUUAAUCAAAAGGGCUAUGGCAGUAGCUACAUCUGAGAUAAAGAUAACUGCGAGCACAUGGUCACCCCCAGUUUGGAUGAAAACAAAUAACGCAAUCACAGGCUUCGCACAACUCAGACCGCAGUACUAUCAGAGUUAUGCUGAUUAUCAUAUACGGUUCAUGGAAGAAUACGAAAAAUCAGACGUGCACAUUUGGGCUCUUACAACUACAAAUGAACCAGUCAAUGGAAUUAUUCCAUUUGUAGACUUCAAUUCUUUGGGAUGGUUCCCUUGGGAUUUGGGACACUGGGUAGCGGAUAAUCUUGGACCAACAUUGAGGAAUUCCCGUUUCAACAAAACUCUAAUAUUUGCUGUGGACGACCAAAGAUAUCUCAUAGAUGUUUAUCUUCAAGGCAUGAUAAGGGCAGCACCUAAAUCGUUGGAUUACAUAGACGGAAUAGCAAUACAUUAUUAUGGAAAUUUCAUACCUGCAUCCAUACUUUCUAGUAUCCAAGAAAGAUAUCCUGGCAAACUGCUAUUAUCUACCGAAGCUUGUGAAGGUCCAAUGCCAUGGGACGUCAUGAGAGUUAAAAUAGGAUCUUGGGAACGAGCGGCAAGAUACACCAGGCAUAUUUUAGACGAUUUGAACAAUUUUGUAAUCGGCUGGAUAGAUUGGAACCUAUGUCUGGACGACAAAGGGGGUCCAAAUUGGGCCCACAACUACGUAGAUGCUCCUAUUUUGGUGUACGGCGACAAAGACGAAUUCAUCAAACAACCAAUGUAUUAUGCAAUGGGACACUUUUCAAAGUUCAUGCCAAGAGGUUCCAAACGUAUAGAAGUGCUGCGACGUAGUUUGGGUCAUGUGCCGAAUCUUGCUGUACUAACGCCGGAGGGCAACAUUGUUGUUCUACUUCACAACAGCAAUACUCGUGAAAUGAAUGUCAGACUUUCAACAUCAUUGACAGAUCACAUAGACCUUACUCUUGAUCCAGAAUCAAUAACCACUGUUGAAAUCAAUCCUCAAUCAAACUAAUAUAUGAUAUAAACAUAAAAUAAUCA